AUGGAGAAAAGAGAGCCUAUCUUUGUGGUUGCUUUCAGUCCCUUGAUGAUGAUCAAUGUUGUUGCCGAGAAGAUCUUUGUUGGAGUGUUGUGGUCUAUAUUCAGUUCUAUGGAAAAAAUUACAAUGAGUACUACGAUAAGAAAAUUUACGAGGUACUUUACUCGAAUGCGAAGGACUGCGAGUCAAAACAAUCUUGAGGAAUUCGAUCCUGAGCCUGAACGGACUUUCAAUCGGCGUAGGAGAGAUUUGAAUUUAUUACAGAACUCUCAGGCUGUCGCAGAAGUACCUGUGGUCAUGGCUAAUCAUCAACCGGUGAAAGUGAGAGAGGUUGCAGUGCCUCAGGUGGCAGAUGUCACUUCAAGCAUUGUCAAGCCCACCAUCGAAGGGCACUUUGAGCUGAAGCAUCCUAUGAUUCAACUUCUUCACUCUAGUGGGCAAUUCACGGGAAUGUCACAUGAGGAUCCUCAGUGUCACAUCCAUACCUUUCUGCAGAUUGUGGAUACUUUUGCCACUGGAAGGGUCACGAAAGAAUAUGUUCGCCUGACACUGUUCCCCUUCUCUCUAUUGGGGAAUGCAAGUAACUGGUUAUUAGCAGAGCCUGCCAGUUCUAUCACUACGUGGGAUGACUUGGCAACAAAAUUCUUGACAAAGUUCUUUCCACUAGCAAAGACUGCUCGCCUCCGAAGAGAGAUCAUGUCAUUCAGGCAGAAACAAGGAGAAAAUUUGUAUCAGGCCUGGGAGAGGUUUAAAGGUCUUCUCAGAGAUUGCCCUCAUCACCAUCAGACGAAUGAAGUUCUAGCACACACAUUUAUUGAGAGUCCGGAUGCCCAACAUAAGUUAUCACUAGACACUGCUGCAGGAGGGCAGGCUCUCGAUCUAAGCUAUGAAGAAUUAUUCACAUUAUUGAACAGAUUUACUCAGAGCACUCCAGACUGGCAGGAUGAUGUAGCUAACAGUUCAGUUAGGAAAGCACCGGGGGUCUUUGAAGUAGACAAUUUUACAACAUUAUCAGCACAGAUUGAUGCCAUGCGCACCGAACUCAGGAAGUUAGCUGUGGCACAAGCGCCACCACAGGUGCAUGCAGUGCAGCAAGCCAUAGCCUUAUGUGAUAUCUGCGGAGAGGGUUAUAACAGUGAUGAAUGCCCUGCAAAUCCUGCAUCCAUAUACUUUGUGGGUAAUGCAGGUCAUCAGAAGCAGAACUAUCAGUCAGCACCUGCUCCUCAAGCUCCCACAAACAGUAUGGAAAAGAUAAUGGGUGACAUGCAGAAGAUGAUGAUAGAUCAGCAGAAGUCGAUAGCAGAUAAUCAGAAUCGCGAUUUGGCUGUACAUAAUUUAGAGAGGCAGAAGGGACAGAUAGCUGGUGCUCAAAAUACUAGACCACCUGGAGGACUUCCAAGUGACACAGAUGUGAAUCCCAAGCCUUGUAAUGCUGUAACUCUGCGAAAUGGGCGAGAGCUAGAGGAAGUAACUGCAAAGAGAGCUGGUCGAGAAGAGGCUAAAAAAGAGAAGAUUGCCACAGAAACGAGUGAAAAAGGGAAGGCUGUUGAGGCAUCAGGAUCAAAGCAGCCACAGGCCGUUGUUGCAAAGCCACCGCCUUCAUUCCCUCAACGUCUGGCAAAACAGAAAGAAGAGGCUACUUAUAAGAAGUUUCUUGAUUUGCUAAGCAGGUAA